AUGAAGGAGAGCAAUGUCGUACACAUUGCGGCUCCGGUGACGGUGGUCGGCGAUAUCCACGGACAGUUCUUCGACAUGAUUGAGAUCUUCAAGAUCGGGGGUUUCUGUCCGAACACGAACUAUCUUUUUCUAGGCGAUUACGUGGACCGCGGCCUGUUCAGCGUGGAGACGAUCUCGCUCCUCGUGUGCCUGAAACUGCGGUACCCGCAGCGCGUGCACCUCAUCCGCGGGAACCACGAGUCCCGCGGUGUGACACAGUCGUACGGGUUCUACACAGAGUGCGCGCGCAAAUACGGCAACGCCAAUGUCUGGCACUACUUCACGGACAUGUUCGACUUCCUCACGCUGAGCGUGGUGAUCAACGACCAGAUCUUCUGCGUCCACGGCGGUCUGUCGCCCUCCAUCCACUCCAUCGACCAGAUCAAGAUCAUCGACCGCUUCCGCGAGAUCCCCCACGAGGGCCCCAUGGCCGACCUGGUCUGGUCGGACCCGGACACCGAGCGCGACGAGUUCUCGCUGUCGCCGCGCGGGGCCGGGUACACCUUCGGCGCGCAGGUCGUGCGCAAGUUCCUCGAGGUCAAUAGCAUGUCGCACAUCCUGCGCGCUCACCAGCUGUGCCAGGAGGGCUACCAGGUUCUGUACGAUGACCGGUUGAGCACGGUGUGGAGCGCGCCCAACUACUGCUACCGCUGUGGCAAUCUGGCUAGUGUGCUGGAGGUGAGUGACACGGGCGAACGGUAUUUCAAUAUCUUCGAUGCGGCGCCGGAGAACGACAUCCAUCGGGGAGAACAGCAGGCACAACAGAACAAAGAUGGUCAGAGUCCUGUCAUCGAUUACUUUUUGUGA